CGUUUCGUCUUUAACUCAACCAAGAAGACAUCGAGGAGAAAGGACUGAAGAGGCAAUUAACCAGAAUCUCGUGACCUGGACAACGUGACACGGAUGUUUAUUAAAUUAUACGGAAGUAAACGGAAAAGUCCGUAGCGAAAGCACCACUUGAUAACAGCAAAAUUCUCUGCCAAUUCAUCCCUUGAUAUGAAAUACGCGUUGUUUUGUGCCUAUUUACUUACUCACCUAACAUUGGAGCAAGUAACGGAGUCACAUCUUCGUAAUGGGGAGAGAAAAUGGCCAGUACCGUACAGGCGCUUUGAUCGACGUCCAGAAGUGGAUCCGUUCUGCCAGGCGUUAUAUCCCUUCUGUCCCACUGGUGACAGCGACAGUCGGAUACCUUACAUGCGAGAUUCUGAUAUUAUCUCAGUGUUUCGACUCCAAGCUCCUGUGUGGGAAUUUAAGUAUGGCAACCUAUUGGGGAAAUUUCACAUCAUGCAUGAUGCAAUCGGAUUCAGCAGCACAGAGACUGGGAAAAACUACACCAUGGAGUGGUAUGAAUUGUUCCAGCUGGGAAACUGCACCUUUCCUCACCUAAGGCCAGGUGUCAGUGCCCCCUUCUGGUGUAAUCAAGGUGCUGCAUGCUUCUUUGAGGGGAUAGAUGAUAUGCAUUGGAAACAGAAUGGAACUUUGGAGAAAGUGGGUGAAAUCACAGGUGACCAGUUCAAUGACAUGGCUCGUUGGGUCCAAGAGGACAAUGAGACUGGGAUUUACUAUGAAACCUGGACUGCACGUUCUGACCCAAGUGUGAAUGCAACUGUAUGGUUUGAAUCCUAUGACUGCUCCCAGUUUGUGCAUCGAAGUUAUCGAAAGCUAUCCGAGUUGGGUGCUAAGCUCACAAGCAAAACGCAAACAAACUAUACUAAGAUCUACUUGUACAGUGGAGAGCCCACCUACUUGGGAGAUGACGAUACCAUCUUUGGUCAAGCCUCCAUGAAAUCUCUGGCUUGGGACAUAAGGAACUUCUACCAUGCAUUUCAGCCCCAUCAGUCUAUUGUGGAUACCAUUAUUAGCAUCAUUGAUGUCUAUGAGAAGUUGAUCUUGGAGAAAAGCUUCUAUUUGUUCUAUAACUUCCAAUAUUGGCACCUGCCCAUGAAGCCACCAUAUGUUCAAAUCACGUAUGAGGAAAUUCCUUUGCCUUGACUGAGAAUCAAGUUAGAACCCCUGUAUCCACCCCCACCUCAAGCCUUGUCUUGGAGCCUUGGAUAUGUGCAUUGUCUAUGUCUAGUCAAAGAGUGUUGAAACCAGCAGAGAAGGCCUCACAAUUCAUAGCUAGUCUUAUCUUUGGUGUGCUGACAGAACAAUACCUAAGGUUAGCAAGCUAGUUCAUAUUAAUUGUUCAUCUUGGAAUGAUUUGGCAAUUGUUGCCAUGAAAAAAAUAAAUGCAUUAAAAUUU